AUGGAAUGGCCAAGUGAGGAAGAAGAUUCCAAUGCCACUACAACUGAUUUGCCACCAGGUGUUCUUUAUCGUGUCAAGGCUACUUAUGGUUAUAUCAAGGAAGAUGUUGAUGAAUUAAGCUUUGAAGUCGGAGAUAUUAUACGUGUUAUUGAAUAUGACGAUCCUGAAGAUCAGGUAAUUAUAAAUUUCUAUGUUAAAUAUGCUUAUGCUAUUAUUAUUAUCAAUUUUUCUAAGUCACCAUCACCGAGCUCUUCUUCUACACAAGAAUCUAGACUUGAUAAUGUUUCUCCAACACCAGAAAUGUCCGCUGAACUAUUGAGAGGUGGUGCAUCAUCUGUAAGUGGAAUGAGUAAAAUGGAAACAAGUAGUACGACUGCUGGUAAUUUAGUAAAUGAUGCUACUUCUAUGGAAAGCGCCAGUUCAACGAUAACCACCACAACAGCUACAGUAGCCACCAAGGAAACGGAAAAGGAAAUGGAAAAGGAAGCCGCACAACUAAAUAGUCCCAAUGCCAAUACAGCAACAAAAGAAGUAGAUGAAACUUCUGCCAAGAUCGAAAAGCUUACUACCGAGACAACAACCACAACAGCAACAAUAACGAGUUCAGCAACCAAAGAGGAUGUGGAUAUGAACAAUGCAGAAGCAGCAGCUAUAAAAGUAACAACAACCGAAGUAACGGAAGUGAAAAAAACUGAACAAAUGAAUGGCAAUGAUAAGGCAAAUGGUAAUGCCAAUACAGUUGUUGAUGCCAAAACCACCACCACAACAACAACGACGACGACAACUAAUGGCAAUACCACAUCGGCAACAACAACAACAGCAACAUCAGAAGUGGACGAAGAAUCGAAUAAAACAAAAUUAGGUAAAGAUCAAUUAAACGAUGAUAAAAUUCAAAAUAUCACUACUAGUACUAGAAAAAAAUUAAUUGAACCAAGUAAAAAUCCAUUUGGUGAUGUUGACGACGACAAUGAUAAUGAAGAAAUCUACGAAUUACCCAAGGGUGAGUAGAUUUGUCUUUUAUUUACCCACUCAAGCCAAGCUCUCCAAACAGAUUUUAUGUAAUCUGUUUUGAAGAUAUUUUGGGAACUUAGCUGAGAAGUCGCUAAAACGAUCUGCUAUUUUUUCUCGGGGAUCUGUUGUCUGUAUAUAUAUACACAAAAAAUUGAAUCUACCUACUUAGUUUGUUAGUUGUAAAUGGUUCUAAAAAAAGUAAUGUUCAAUUUUCUUUCUAACUGGACAAAAAUGUUCGCAAACAAAAAAUGUUAUUUUUACAAACUAUAUGGUUAUACCCUAGGCUAUGAACUAGACAAUAGACUAGCCUAGACAAGACUAUAUACUAGACUAUAUAUUAGACUAUAGACCAGAGUAUAGAUUAGACUAUAAAAUAAACUAUAGACUCACCUAUUUUAUAGUUUAUCCUUUAGACAAAACUGGACUGCAAUAUAUUCUAUAGAUAAGUCUAAACUAUAGGGUAGACUAUAGACUUCUAACUGAAAUAAAGGCACCCCAAACUGGACUAUAGACUGGCCCAUUUUAUAGUCUAUUUUUAAGAUAACACUCGAC